AUGAGUGAUCUAACAGAAAAAAGCUAUGCUCAAAAGGUCCCACCCAAAGAUCUAAAGAAAGAAAACGCCUUCUAUCUCAUUCACUUCCCAAUCAUGCCGACCCCCUCUAAGCCGAAAGUCUGCGUCGUCUACGACUGUCAAGCGAAAUACAAAGGCACAUCGCUGAACGACGAGAUUUUACAGGGGCCGGAUCUAGCCAACUCACUAGUUGGAGUGCUAACCCGCUUCAGAAGGGAACCCAUAGCCUUCAUGUCCGACAUCGAAACGAUGUUCUACCAAGUGCGAGUACAAGAAAGAGAUCGAAAUUACCUAAGAUACCUAUGGUGGCCAGAUGGAAAUCUACAGGCAGAACCAGAAAAGUACCAGAUGCUGGUCCACCAGUUUGGAUGUGUCUCGUCACCGAGUUGCGCCAACUACGCGCUAAAGAAAACUGCUGAAGACCACAAAGCAGACUACCACCCAUCAGUCAUUCAAGCCGUAGAGAAGAGUUUCUACGUGGAUGACUGUCUUCACUCCACCCCUACAGAAGCAGAAGCAGUGAGACUGGCAACCGACCUUCGCGAGUUACUAGCGAGAGGAGGAUUUCGUCUCACAAAGUUCGUAUCAAAUUCUAAAGAGUUGCUAAGUUCUCUUCCAGAGUCUGAAAGAACCACAUCAGUCAAAGAUCUUGAUUUCGAUCCUCACCUCACAGAGAGGGAAUUGGGAGUUCAGUGGAACGUUAACUCCGAUACAUUCAGCUUUAAAAUCAAUCAGAAAGAGAAACCAACAAACAGAAGAGCGAAGGCAAUCCUCCAAGACCUCUGUCGCCAAGGGCUUGGAUGGGAUGACGAAAUCCCAGAUGCAGCAAAGGCUAAGAGGGAAACCUGGCUGCAAGAUCUACCCAAGCUUGAAGGCUUCUCUAUUCCCAGAUCCUUCAAGUAUCUCAACUCCGAGGAAAUCGUGAAAUAUGAGCUACAUCACUUCUCUGCUGCGUCAAGCACAGGAUAUGGUGCCGUCUCGUAUCUCCGACAAAUCUACGCCAACGGCAAGUCAAGCUACUCUCUUGUCAUGGCAAAAUCAAGACUAGCACCACUAAAAGCAAUGACGAUUCCAAGAAUGGAGUUGUCCGCCUCUGUACUAGCAACCAGUCUUGACAAAAUGAUCACGCAAGAAAUCGACCUCCCACUAGCAAAGUCCACCUUCUGGACAGAUAGCACAUGCGUUAUUCGCUACAUCGAAAACCGAAAAAAGCGAUUUCAAGUCUUUGUGGCGAACAGAGUCGCCGCCAUUCUAGAUGAAUCUGAUCCAACGCAGUGGAGAUAUGUAGACACCGCAAACAACCCUGCUGAUGAAGUUUCGAGAGGCAGUAGAUGA